AUGGCGAAAAGAAAAGAGGUCGUAGAGAAAAUGAACGGCAAAUCUGAACCGUUGUUGCAACCGGAGAAUGGAUCCGACGUCUCGGAAGAAGCGUCGUGGAUGGUUUGUCUAAGCACAGUCAUUGCUGUUUGUGGUUCCUACGAGUUUGGAACAUGCGUGGGAUAUUCCGCUCCGACACAGUUUGGGAUUAUGGAAGAGCUUCAUUUAUCAUAUUCACAGUGCUCGGAGCCAUUACAUCGGGAAAGAUCUCCGAUUUCAUUGGUCGGAAAGGGGUAA